AUGGGGGAUAUAGAUAUUGACUCACAACUUUUGGGAACAUCUCAAAAUACUCUUAUGUUAGUUUCUGAUUAUCCACCUCAAGUUGAAAAUGCAUCUUCUACAAAAGGAAAACGGGGCUCUAACUUUAGUGUAGAGGAAGAUCAACUCCUAGUGUCAGCAUGGUUUAAUACUAGUGUUGAUGCCAUACACAGUAAUGAACAAACACAAAAUACAUUUCGUCAAAAUGUUUGGGAAUAUUUCAUGCAGUACAAUACAUUUGGUACCACACGUACUACUAUCUCCUUGAUAAGUCCGGGUGCAUGGCUAAAUAACGCACAUUAUCAAAGUGGUAUAAUCAUCAGCAAUGCGAAGGCUUUGUAUAAAGAGAUGCACAAGAAACCCUUUCUUCUUGAACGUUGUUGGUUCAUGUUAAAGGACCAACCAAAGUUUGCUGAUCCUAAUGGAAGAUUGAGAGCAUCCAUGCCUUCAACUCCGGAGUCAAAAUCUAUUGGCGAAGGGGAUUGUGGAUCUGGACUUGGUGAUAAUUCCAAUUUUGAGAGGCCAAUUGAUAGGAAGGCCGAAAAGGCCAACCGAAAGAACAAAGCCACCGGAAAAGAUGUAGGGGAAUAUUUGACCAAGAAAUUGAAAUUUAUUGAGUAG